UGCAGCUCCGCAGGUCUACGUACGCACUGGACACCGAAGCCCCCGGAAUCUUCGACCGGACGCAUACUACACAUUGCCAUGUUCGCAGGUCUGCGGGGCUGGUCUGAGGAGUGGGUCAUCAGGCAUCCAUGGGACGAAGUAAUGCAUGCCGUUCAGAACAAGUACCCAAACCCCCAUAACAACAACGUUAUAAACAUCGACGUGUUACAGCGGUCAGUUGAUCACGCGUCUGGCCGCAUACACUCUCUCCGUUUGCUGAACUCCCUGUUUCCGAUGUUCCCUCAAUUCGGACAAUUGAAGGCUAUCGAACUUAGCUCGCUUGACAGAACCAACAAGCAUAUGAUUUCUAUUAGUCAUAAUGUUGAUCUCCGAAGCGUUGUAAAAGCCACCGAAGUUGUUGAAUACCGUGUGCACCCGGAGAAUAAGAAUUGGACAUUGUUAAAGCAGUCUCUUUCGGUGGAUGCGUUUCCGCUUGUCGCCUUGUCAGCUGCGUCCGCUUGUCGACAGCAGGCGAGACAGGGCCGAGAAGCUUUGCAUUGGGUAAUACAGCACCGACUGCCGUUCCUUCGUUCCUGUCCCCGUUGGCAAUUAGAUGGGAUGUUUGGACCUGAGCUCUCGCAGGGCGCUUUACAUGAGUCCACAACCCCUUCGCCUUUUCCCACUGUGGCCAACAAAGACCAGUUGGCUGUUUGGUCUGACAAUUCUCAAACGGCUUCACUGGGGAAUUUUCUUGAGUAUGGUUCCGGAUCUCUGAUCUGCAAACGUUCUCGUUUCUUCGCCGAUGUGCCUUCCAUUUCAUCAUCCAUACUUCCUGAUUCAAUAGCUACGACAGCGGACACCUCCCUCAGUCGACUGGGUUCUCACUAUGAGACGAUAACACGUGAUGUAACUGCCAUGAGUGAUGCGCUCUUACGGCGGUCUCAGCGCGUUGCCAGUCUGUUUUCACGCAUCGAUGAACAUGUAGUGAUAAUGUGAUCACACACUGUUUCCGGCUGACAGCAUACCAGCACUUACACAGUUUCUAUUUACAUUUCCUGUUGGCAUUGUGCACAGUUUUCCACUUGCCUUCAUUUUUGGUUUUUUCACUUCUCAGACGUCUGCCAUCCUCUAACCCCAUGCCGCGGAUUUAAACAUUAUGUAUGAGGUCUGUAAAAACACCUUCCCUCCUACCUACUUUCUUUCUCGGUGGCUCCGAGCAGCAAGUCUCGCGAAUAUACUAGUUUCUGCUUCAGUCUUCUUACCACCAUUAAGCUCAAUAAAAUGUUCAGUUGAU